CAGAGAUCUAACCACCUGGCGGCGCCAAUAUGCUCAUCAUUAACAAAAUCCGCGCCGCUGCCGCUGCACUACUUGUCUUUGUCGUUGUCGUCGCUCAUCCUGCCAAUGCGCGACCUUAUCAAUACAUACCGGAAGUGCCUGGUUGGAUACCCGUAUACAUAAGGCAAGGCGACCAACCUCUGUCGGAAAUUCACCCGGAUUUAGCAGCAGCUUUUCACGAGGAUAUCCAACCAAUCCGACUAGACGACUCGGCGACUAGAAAUCUCCUAGUCGACGGAAAUGAAAUUUCGGCAGAAUCGAAAUCAGCAAAGGAUAAGAGUCAGUCGAUCGAUGCCAAUUCCGAGGAGAAGAAUGACUUUCCGCAGAAGACGGAGGCUUUCGAUGAUAAUGAUGAUUCCGUUGUGAUGAAGAUAGCCAAGCCAUCGGCGCUUGAUAAGGCUGAACUGAAGCGAUUUGCCAAGGAACUCAAGGUUCAUAAGAAGAAUGAAUAAAUAUUUUUUCUUUAUUUCUAGUCAGUCCCUCUCUCUCUCUCUCUCUCUCUCUCUCUCUCUCUCUUAGGCAUUGUUAUAUGCGUUCAAACCGAUAGAACGCGUGUCGAAUUGCUUGCCAUAAGCUACACAAGUGAUUGUAAAAUUACGCAUACAUUACACAUGUCAAACCAACACUUUAUCUUAAAGAAAAAUUUCUGUCUAGUUUCUUUUUAAAUACAUUUGUAAAGUUAUCGGGGUCAUGUAAGUGACAUUUUUAGGCUUAUGAUCAUUAAGAGAUCACUUUACGUUGAAUGUAAAAAAAUGACAACAAUGUUAAACAUUAACUGUGUAUGAAUAGAGCACGAUAUUAUAUUUAUUUUGUAUAAUUAAGAUUAUUUUAUAAGUAUUUUUUUAUUCUACGACAAAACUUGUACGUAUAAUAGAAUCAAA